CAUUUUACGGCACGUCGCCGGCUGAUCUAAACCUGGCGGGCCACUGCACGAAGGAACCCCCCGUGCGCCUCACGUUUGCGACCAAAUCGUCGGGUCCCGGGAACUAAACUUUACAACUACGUCGCUGCGGCUCUGGUGCUUGACUAGCUCGUUAGCGCGCCCCAGAUCGCACGCUAAUCGCUUCGCGGAAUAUCACUGCGCGUGCACCACCCCAACUCGCCAGCAACCAGAAACCCACCCAGCCUAUUCUUGUCCGGGCCUGCACGACUAAAUUAGUGCUGGUCCCCUCCGGCCUCUCUCCACCUCGCCUCUUGACACACACCCCCUCUCCACCUACCAACCAUCUUGGGUGCUGCCGCCAGGUGGGACUCCAUCAAAUAAAUCCAAGGCCCUGCCUCACCAGCCAAAAAAAAACCACCUCGCGUCUUUCCAGCCGGACCACUACCGACGUGAACCGCCAAGGUCUCGUCUUGAACACUCCACCACAACUCACUCCCGUCUGCGCCUCCCUAAUCAUUUACGCAUCCUUGGAUUACGCUUGAGCGAGAGGCACCGCCGCGUGUCGAGCAGACGUUCUUAUCCUGUACCCCGACUCAGGAUCCCUUUCAAUCCCUAAUGGAGCGCGCCGCCCCCGAGUAUUCGCAGUCAGAUCCGGCAUCUGCUGCUCAGUACGCGACACAGCCGGAGGCGCGGUCAGCCAGCUACUCCAACUCGGCCACUCCUACCUCGGAAUAUAGCGUGUAUCCGACAACUUCGAGGUCGGCCACGUUCCCAGACAUGCAGCGCUCCUACCACCCCGCCAGCAACCCUCCCGGGAGCGGUGGCGGGAUGCCGCAGACACCAACAAGUCCGUCCAUGCCUCUGCCAGAUGGGCGCAGCCAUCAGAAUCCCCAGCCGGAGCAGGCCAAGUCUGACAGCGCUCUGCCUAUAGAUCCUUCCAUUGCAGGUGCAAGCCCGACAUAUGCAACUCACAGUCAAUAUCCUCCAUAUGCCGCCCCGCCCCCAGACAUGUCUCAAGGGUACCAGCAUCCGGGCACCCCGGGCUUGUACACACAGCCUCGCCCCGACUGGGGUGGCUACGGUCAGCAGCCUGCCAGUAGCUUCGUCCCCAUUCCUGGCGCACAGCAGCACAAGCGGCCCAGGAGGCGGUAUGAGGAAAUCGAGCGCAUGUACAAAUGUGGCUACAACGGAUGCGAAAAGGCCUAUGGCACUCUGAACCACCUCAACGCCCAUGUGACCAUGCAGGGGCACGGUGCUAAGCGUACUCCAGAUUUGUUUAAGGAUAUUCGCCGCGAGUGGAAAGCCAAGAAGAAGGAGGAGGAAGCUCGCAAGGCUGCGGCUGCCGAGGAGGAGCGCCAGCGCCAGGCUGCUGCUGCUGCGGCGGCGGCGGCGGCGGCCCAAAACGGAGGAAACACAGAUCCACAAACUGGCGUGGAGGCUGCGCAACCCCCGACGUCUUAUCCCGGCUCGGGAACAGUCCAACUGCCCCCUAUCGGUUACCAGCCGGCCCGCUACGCAGGGCCGCCUCCGGCCGGUAUGCAGCAGCCGAUCCCCGAGUACAACAACUAUCCUAGUUACUCGCCCGCGUCACCUUACGGCCAGUCGAACCAGCAGAUGUACAAUACGCACAAUGGUGGCCAGCCGCCGAGCCACUAG